UCCCGGCCCCGCCCCCCGCAGGCCCUGAGUGGCUGGCCUGGGACUGAAUAUUCAAAUAGCGCCGGAGGGGCGGGGCCCGCGCUCUGAAUGAGGUCCCUCUCUUUGCGGCGGCCGGGCUAGUGCUGUUCGCAGAACGGAGACCUGAGUUUGGGAUGUGAGAGCCCGAGGUUCCCAGCGGAGCGGAGGGCGAGAUAGAGAGGGAAGGGGACGCGGCCGGGACAGCCGGGAGGAGAGGCGCUCGGAGAAGGGCCGAGGGGGACAGAGAGCGAGGGCGGCAGGCGGGGGAGAGCGCAGCCCCCCGCGCUGACCCGCGGCCGCACGCCCAGGCCAGCCUCGCUCUCCGCAAGGCCGGGGUCUCCCGUGCGGGGCAGCCGCUCCCCGCGCCCAGGCUCCGCCGGGCACCUCCGCCGGGCCCCCUGCCCCGGGCCCCCCGCCCGGCCGCGUGCGGUCGCCUUUGCUCGGCCCUUUCUCCCGGGAGGGAGCGGGCUGCGGGAGCAUGCGGGGCCUGGCCCGCUGGACGCUGCUGCUGGCGCUGGCCGGCUGGGGCCGCGCGUUCGUGCCCCUGGCCGACUUCUACCCGUUCGGCUCGGAGGCGGGGGACGCUGUCACCCCGAAGCAGGACGACGGCGGCUCGGGGCUGCUGCCCAUCUCGCUCCCGUUCCCGUUCUUCGGGGCGGGCCACACCGGCCUCUACGUGAACAACAACGGAAUCAUCUCCUUCCUCAAGGAGGUGUCCCAGUUCACUCCCGUAGCCUUCCCCAUCUCUAGAGACCGCUGCGUGGUGGCUGCUUUCUGGGCCGAUGUGGACAAUCGCCGGGCAGGGGAGGUCUAUUACCGGGAGAGCAAGGAGCAGCCCACCCUGCAGAGAGCCACAGAGGACAUCUGGAAGUACUUCCCGGAGCUCCCCGAUUUCCAAGCCCAGUGGGUUUUUGUGGCUACCUGGCACCGGGUCACCUUUUUCGGAGGGAGCUCAGUUUCUCCGGUGAACACCUUCCAGAUUGUCCUCAUCACGGACGGCAACUUGUCUUUUACCAUAUUCAACUACGAGUCCGUUGUGUGGACCACGGGCAUGCACGCCAGCAGCGGGGGCGACCGGGCAGGGCUGGGAGGCAUUGCCGCACAGGCAGGGUUCAAUGCUGGUGAUGGGAAACGUUACUUCAACAUCCCUGGCUCCCGCACCGAUGACAUCGUCAACGUGGAGAUGACGACAAAUGUGGGUAUCCCCGGGCGAUGGGUGUUCAGAAUCGAUGAUGCCCAGGUGCAAGUGGGGGGCUGCAGCAACACAACUUCUGUGUGUCUGACCCUCCGUCCUUGUCUGAACGGAGGCAAGUGUAUUGACGACUGUAUCACAGGGAACCCCUCCUAUACCUGCUCCUGCCUUGCAGGCUUCACGGGGAAAAGAUGCCACCUGGAUGUGAAUGAAUGUGCCUCCCACCCAUGUCAGAACGGAGGCACCUGUACUCAUGGUGUAAACACGUUCAGCUGCCAGUGCCCCCCAGGCUUCAAAGGGCCCACCUGUGGGACAGUGGAAUCCCCUUGUGACGCUAAGGACUGCCAGAAUGGCGGAGAGUGCCAGGCUGCAAACGGGACGGCGGAGUGCGUGUGCCAGCCGGGGUACACGGGAGAGAGCUGCGAAACCGAUAUAAAUGAGUGCGACUCUGACCCAUGCCUGAAUGGAGGCAAAUGUGUCGACCUGGUGGCUAACUACACCUGCCUGUGCUCAGAGCCCUUCACUGGGCCUCGCUGCGAGUUAGAUCAGUCAUCCUGUGAAGCCCGGAGCUGCAGGGACAGGCAGACCUGCAACUACAUCCGCCCCGGGCGCUACAUCUGCACGUGUUCGCCCGGCUACUACGGCAGCAACUGUCAAUAUGGGGGACCCAGAAUCCCAAGCGCCUGUCUCUCUAACCCAUGCCAGAAUGAGGGCACCUGCCUGGAGACGGACCAGGGCUAUAUCUGCGAAUGUCCUGAUGGAUACACGGGCCACAACUGUGCAGAAAAGCUCCCCGAAGACUGCGAGUGCCGCAAUGGGGGGCGAUGCCCGGAUGGGAACUUCACCAUCUGCCACUGCCCCCCGGGAUAUUUCGGACUCCUCUGUGAAUUCGAAGUCACCGCCACACCGUGCAACGUAAACACCCAGUGUCCCGACGGCGGCUACUGCAUGGAGUAUGGCGGGAGUUACCUGUGUGUGUGCCACACCGACUACGGGGCCAACCACUCGCUGCCCUCCCCCUGUGACUCAGACCCCUGCCUCAACGGGGGCUCCUGCGACGCCCACGACGACUCCUACACGUGCGAGUGCCCACGAGGCUUCCACGGCAAGCACUGCGAGAAAGUAAGGCCGAGACUGUGCAGCUCCGGGCCCUGCCGGAACGGUGGGACGUGCAAGGAGUCCAACGGCGAGUACCAGUGCAGCUGCCCCUACCGCUUCACGGGGAAGCACUGUGAGAUAGGAAAACCAGACUCCUGCGCCUCCGGCCCGUGUCAGAACGGGGGGACUUGCUUCCACUACAUCGGCAAAUACAAGUGUGACUGCCCGCCGGGCUACUCGGGCCGGCACUGCGAAAUAGCUCCCUCUCCCUGCUUCCUGAGCCCCUGUGAAAACGGGGCCACCUGCAGCGAUCUGGGCACAGACUACAGCUGCCGCUGCCGCGCCGGGUACACCGGGAAACGCUGCCAGGCGGAGGUGGACUGCGGCCCCCCCAGCUCAGUGAAGAACACCAGAGUGAGAUUCAACUCCACCAAGAUGGGCUCCCUGGCCGAGUACGAGUGCGAGCAGGGCUACGUCCUCAGCGCCGGGAACAACCCCCGCGUGUGCCGCGCCCACGGCCUCUGGAGCGAGCCCCCGCAGUGCGACGAAGUCGACGAGUGCGAGUCUCAGCCCUGCCUGAACGGGGGCUCCUGCAAGGACCGGAUCGCCGGCUUCCUCUGCGUCUGUGCCUCAGGAUAUGCGGGGCCCCACUGCGAGCUGGACGUCGACGAAUGCCAGUCGGAUCCGUGCAAAAACGGGGGGACCUGCAGGGACCUCCCGGCAGCCUUCGUCUGCAGGUGCCCCGACGGCUUUGCCGGGAUCCACUGUGAGAAAGAAGUGGACGCCUGUGACUCGGGUCCCUGCCAGCACGGAGGGGAGUGUGAGAACGACGGCGGCUCUUACCUGUGCGUCUGCCCCGAGGGAUUCUUUGGCUACCACUGUGAGAUCGCGAGCGAUCCGUGCUUCUCCAACCCCUGCGGAGGCCGCGGCUACUGUCUGUCCAGCAACGGGUCCCACAGCUGCACCUGCAAGGUGGGCUACACCGGCAGAAACUGCGCCAAAGAGCUGCUGCCGCCCACAACCCUCAAGGUGGAAAGGGUGGAGGACAGCGGGGUCUCCAUCUCCUGGCGGCCCCCCGAGGACCCGGCGGCCAAGCAGGCCAUCGACGGCUACGCGGUGACCUACGCCUCCUUCGACGGCUCCUACCGACGGACCGACUUCGUGGACCGCAGCCACUCCGCCCACCAGCUGCGGGCGCUGGCCGCGGGCAAAGCCUACAACAUCUCCGUCUUCUCGGUCAAGCGCAACGUGAACAACAAGAACGACAUCAGCAGACCCGUGGUGCUCAUCACCCGCACGCGGCCUCGGCCCGUGCAGGGCUUCGAGAUCACCAACGUCACGGCCUCGUCCAUCACGGUGCAGUGGGCUCUCCACAAGGUCAAGCACUCCACCGUCAGCAAAGUGCGGGUGUCCAUCCGCCGGCUCGGGGACCAGGAGGACCGCGCCGUGGAGCUGGACAGCGCCGCCGACAAGUACACAUUCUGGGACCUGCUGCCCGGAGAGAGGUACCUCAUCCACGUGGCCACCCUCAGCGGCCUGGGCACUGAGGACCAUCCCUCCGAGAGCCUGGCCACGGCCCCCUUCCACGUGUGGACUCGUCCCCUCUCUCCCAGAAACCUGACCGCGGCGAGAGUCACGGCGACCUCGGCCCACAUGGUCUGGGAGCAGCCGCCCCCGGGGACCUCCGUGGAGGGUUACAUCAUCAACGUGACCACCAGCCAGAGCGUGAAGAGCCGCUACGUUCCCAACGGGAAGCUGACCUCCUACACCAUGCGCGACCUGCAGCCGGGCCAGAGGUACCGCCUCUCGGUGACCGCCGUGCAGAGCACGGAGCAAGGCCAGAUGCACAGCGACCCCGCCCACCUCCACAUCGUGACCGCACAGAGGGACGGCUCUUCCGAGAGGAGAUGGAGCCAAGGGGGCCCCCCCAGGGUGCUUCGGAACAGACUGCCCCCCUCCUUCCUGCCUGACCUCCGGCUGCUGGCUGACCGCGAGGCGUCGGAGGAGCCGUCCCAGGCCCCCAGGUUCACCGAGCUGGUGGACGGCAGAGGCAGAAUCAGCGCCAAAUUCAGCAGCGUCAGCGUCCCGAGCAAGUCGGUCACCGUGAGGUCGCAACCAGAGACCCCAGUGAGACUGGAGAACAUGGAAGAAUCCACCAACCGGAUCAGCCUGGCGCUCCAGCUGCCGGAAGCCGAAAGCAAGCAGGAGGAAGCGGAUGACCGCAGGAACUGCUCCCUAAACCCCUGCCAGAACGGGGGCACGUGUGUGGGCGGGCCGGACUCCUACAGCUGUGACUGCGGCCCCGGCUUCAAAGGCAGACGCUGCGAGCUGGCGUGCAAGAAGGUCCCGCACUCCUGCACACGGCUGUACUCGGAGACCAAGUCCUUUCCUGUCUGGGAAGGAGGAGUCUGCCAUUACGUGUACAAGAGAAUCUACAAAGUCCACCCAGACAUCUGCUACAAGGAGAGCUGCGAAGGCACGACUGCCAAGACUCCCAGCAGGAAACAAAGCCACAGUCCGACAGCAAGGAAGCCUUAAGGUCCACAACAGGCGUAGUUUCACCUUGUCAACUCUGAGGGCUUUUAAAUCCCAGGAAGAUGAGCUCGACUUCACAGGCUGAAGCAGAACCCAGAGAGGACAGGCACUUUACUAGAAGGGGCCCAGCCCUCGCUCCUCCAGCUCUCUGGGACCCGCCAUCAGGCCCAUCACACCAGCCACUUCCUUCCUUGGGGGACGGCCCGAGGCUUCCUCAGUUUUCCUAAUUCCAGACUCGAUCUCUCCAAGGUGGCUGCGUUCUGCCCCAGAUCAUCCAAAGGUGCUUCGGAAUAGUUCUCUACAAUGACUGAAAGCUACCAAUGUGGGGGUAUGCAGACCACCAGGACGGGACCGGAAGUAGCAGACCCUGGUUCACAAAGUUCCAAGUAGACACGAAUCUUCUGAGACCCAAAACAUCAAAACAAAGAAGAAACGUUCACAGCUUCCGAACGGCAAGAGCAGAAAUGAAUCCUUCCCAAGUCGAAAAGCAACUUCAGGCAUUGUUUAAUGCUACUUAACCCUUUUUGUCCCUAGUCCUAUAAUCUGAAGAGUACUUUUGUUCAUUGAUAUUUUGCAGGUUAGUAGUCCAUAGUGUGGAUUAGUGCCUUUCGGUAUUUUGAAAGAAGAAAUGUUAAACAAUUAA